AUUUUUCUAAUCCACUGCCCUCUGCCCGAAUUCGACGCCUUCGUCUGUGACUUGAGCAGGGCAAGUACAAUCGCAACCCAUUUUGCACAGAUCACUGCAGUUUUCGAAGCAGCGUUUUAGGGUUUGAUUUCAACGCUUCAAUCGCGUCAGUCCUCUCAUCAUUGUCAAAUUUCCGCGCUCCUCGAUCUGUGCAGAGUUUAUUUUCACUGGGUUAUCGUAGCUUACAAUGCAGCAAGGGGAUGGAGUAGAGACGGAAGUGACAUGGGAAGACCAGCAGAAUAUUAAUGCCUUCGGUCGUCUCAAUAACAAGUUUCAUGAACUUGAGGACGAGAUUAAGGCGAAGAAGGACAUGGCAGACAAUCUUGAGGACGCCAGUAACGAGCUCAUAUUAGCAGAUGAACCAGAACUGCGAUACCUGAUUGGCGAGGUGUUUACCCACCUGCCAGUUGAAGAGGUGGAAGAGAAACUGGAAUCAUUGAAGGAGGAGAACUCUCAGCAGCUCGAGGAAUUACAGGAGGAAAAGAAUGAAGUUCUCGCUAAAAUGGCUGCUUUGAAGAAAAUUCUAUAUGGGAAGUUUGGCGAUUCAAUUAAUUUAGAAGAGGACUGAUUUCUAGUGAAUGAAAUUUUCCUACCUGUUGAUCGGCUUACUAUUGCAGUGAACUGCACACAGACGCCGUAGGAUGGACUGAUAUACUUCUGAUGUAAUGGAUGUUGCACCUUUUAGGAUGUCGCAGUAACCGUCCUCAAUAUCAAAAUUCACCGAUUGUGCAUUUUCCAUGAAUUAUAAUCCA